AUGUGGUGGUUUUCUGCAGUGUGGGCUACUCUAUGUGUGCUCACACUCUCCUCUGCUGUGGACCAAUACAAGAACAAAGCUUUGCAACUGAUGGCAGAGACCCCUUUGAUAGAUGGACACAAUGACCUCCCCUGGCAGAUCAGGAAGCAGUUCAACAACCAACUCAACAAAGUGGAUCUUCACUCCAUUGAAUCUACACACACCAACAUCCCCAAAAUCAGAGCUGGGCAUCUAGCAGCACAGUUCUGGUCCGCCUAUGUACCAUGUGACACUCAGUACAAGGAUGCAGUUAGACAAACCCUUGAGCAGAUUGACAUCAUCCACAGGGUGUGCCAGAAGUAUCCAGAAUCUUUCAUGUUUGCCACCAGUAGCCAAGAUAUAAGGGAUGCCUUUGUUCAGAACAAAACAGCCAGCCUGAUUGGAGUGGAGGGUGGGCACUCCAUCGACAGCAGCCUGGGCAUCUUACGGCUAAUGUACCAGCUGGGCGUGCGUUACCUCACUCUCACACACAACUGCAACACACCCUGGGUUGAUAAUUGGCGAGUGGAUACUGGAUCAGAACCACCUGUGCACAAUGGCUUGUCUCAGUUUUGAAUUCAAGUGAUCAAGGAGAUGAAUCGGCUCGGGAUGCUAAUCGACCUGUCUCACGUGUCAGAGAGGGUGAUGAACCAGGUAUUGGAUUUGUCCCAGGCCCCAGUCAUUUUCAGCCACUCUUCAGCAUACACUGUGUGUUCACACAGGAGGAACGUUCCGGAUGCCAUCCUUAAGAGAUUGAGAGACAAGAAGGGGGUUGUUAUGGUGAACUUCUACAAUGACUACGUCACAUGCAGCCAGACUGCGAAUCUCUCUCAAGUGGCAGACCACUUUGACCACAUCAAGAAGGUGGCCGACUACACCAUCCUUGGUUUUGGUUCUGAUUUUGAUGGAGUGAGAAGGGUACCCCAGGGCCUAGAAAAUGUCUCCAAGUUUCCCGACCUGGUGGCAGAACUGGUGAGGAGAGGGUGGAAUGACACGGAGAUCAAAGGUGCGCUGGGGGAGAACCUGCUGAGGGUCUUAAGUGACGUGGAGAGGGUACGGGACAGUAUGAACAACGUGUUGCCAGAUGAUGUACCGAUUCCCUAUGAGCAGGUGCAGAAUCCCUGCAGGACCAACUAUGGAUACACCUCACUGGACAACGCCGGGAGCUUGGUGUCUGUGAACCCAUCACUGCUGGCUCUGAUCACCCUGCUCUCAUGGUCUUUUUCCUGCUGA